UGUCCUGCAUAGCUCUCAGAGUGUCACGGGACUUCACUCCUGCCUCCACUCACCAUCUACUCUCCGUCUCCACCGUCACUAUUCUCGACUCUUGCAUACAUUUAAGACACACAGGAGAAUCUUAAAGAGGAUAAAGAAAUGCCAUUGAGUGUUUUAAGAGAGUGCUUGGCGUGUGUAGUGAUGGUGGUGAGUGUAUCAGAACCAGCACUGGCCUGGCUGGGCAUCCCAGAGUUCCUCGAGUUUGGAGACUGUGCUAAUGUUACACUCAAGACUGACUUCGACCCUGUCAAGUACGCGGGGCUGUGGUUCGACAUCGAGAGUGUACCCAAUGAGUACCAACACACCAAGCAGUGUAUCAUACAGUACUACACGUGGACAGGAACACACAUGGACGUGGCGACGAGGGGUCUUUCCGAGAAAGGAAAAAAAGUACAACAAGGAGCAGUCAUGCAUAAAGAAAUAGAGGCUACUGAUAAUCCUGACCCGGCCUAUAUGACAGUGGUGGCCAGUGGUGUCCCCGAAGCUCCAUAUCAGAUCGUGGCUACCGACUACAGAAGCUACUCCUGUGUGUAUUCCUGCAUUGAGUACUUCGGGUUUAGAGCAGAGUUCUCGUGGGUGUUUGGUCGGACGCCCACACUGCCGCCCACCACCAUCGCUAUCUGCCACCACGCCCUUACCACCAUGGGCGUUGACCCCGAGAAAAUGAACACUAUCUUACAGGGAGAGGAGUGUCCAUACUCUCAAAAACUGGAGACAAUGUUGGCUGAGAGUGAGCAGUACCUGUUGGAAAUUUUGGGACCAUAUGUGCCUACCACUACUACCUUACCACCAGUCAUGGCUAGCCAAGAUGUUGAAGGAGGAGUCCAGCAGCUAGCAAAACACCGUAAAGAUGAUGGAGCUAAGAGCCCUAACAACAGCAACAGCAGACACAGCAGCAGUGUCUCCCUCUUGCUAGCUACUUUCUUACUUACAAUACGACCUCUCUAUGGUUAGACUAACUCUCAGGGCAUUUGGAGUAAUGUGAGUGAGGUGUGGACAGACCUAUGGUACCUGUCGCCAUGCAUCCCUGAUCGUGCUACACAACUGUUGCAUAAUUAUCUUGUGUACGACCGCCACAAGAGUGAAGUUCGUGAUGUAACACGACAGCUUUUGACUCUGUUAGCUAUCAAAACUCGCAGAAUCAGCUUUGUGCCAAUAGAAGGACAGCUAGCAAGCAUCAUCUCUUCAGCCUUUUUCUCUGUAAAAAAUGUUUUUGCUAAUGAACACUUUCUGCAGGAACUGGAUGUAACAGGUGUUGACCUCAUUGAAGAUAUGAAUGUGCUGUUAGCAUUGCUGCCAUUAUGCUCUGAGCUCACUGUUCUCAAGCUGGGUGGCAACACAACAGCAGAUGUGUUGUGUGCAGCGAGGAACUGUCCUAUUACAGUUCUUCACAUAAGUGAACGACUUGUUUGGCAGCCUCGAGUUACAGAAGAUGACUUAAUAGAUAUCAUCAUAGGUUCUCGGAAUUACAACUUGGCAGAACUACUGAGCAAUGUCCAACAGGGAAAAUCAAUUCAUGAAAAUCCAUCUUGGCCACAGCUUUCUGAUUUUUCUUCUGGUUACUGCAAAGUGCAAUUAAGUUUUCUCCUUCUUAUUCUAGUAGUUUUUACUAAAUUACAUUCCUUAGCUAGUAAUUUAAUUCAACUGCAAGAUGUUCUCCAAGCCUUUCAUAACUUAAGAAGAGAAACUCCUAAUAUGCACAAAUUAUCUCUUAAAUCCAGUAGCUUGUAUUCUGGUGGAGGUUUUAUAGACACACUGGCAUGUGUUGCACCUGAUCUUGAAAAGCUAAAUUUGGUUGCCAUAAAAAAUUAUGUAAACACUAUUAUUAAAGACAUACAAAAGCUAUCCAUUAAAUUUUCAUUUCUGAGAGUGCUUGAUAUAGACUUGCAAUUCAUAAACCUAGCUGAGGUUCCUGCAGAGACUUUUACUGGUAUUGGAUGGCAGCUAACAACACUAAACAUUCAUGCUAACAACUUUCAUGAAGUAAGUCAACAAGAUAUAGCAUUACUGCUGCAGUCAUUUCCACUUCUUCAAGAUUUAGCCUUAGACUUCAAUAGAGAAUUGCGCUGUGAACACAGUGAUGCUCAGAAAAUGCCACAUUUUGAAAACGUAACAGUUUUCAAGUAUAAAAUAUUCCAACCAAGGCUACGAUCUUUACCUUGCAUUCUUAAAAUGUUUCCCAAACUUGAAAAACUUACUAUUAUUGGCAGACGCUUUUUAGACAAGCAAAAAAUUUUAAUGGAAACUCUGACUCAGUUGCAGGAAUUGAGAAUAUUGAAAGUAAUCAGACUUUUUAAUUUGGAUAAGGCAAGUCUGUGUGAGCUACCAAGGAUGACCAGUGAUAGGAGGCCAUGGGAGCUGUAUGCCUCUCCCAACAUCUUUGAACAGGAAGACAUAAAGAAAAUACAAAACUGUGGAUGGACAUACAUACCUAUGACUGAAUAUGAUUUGUUGUGAUAUUUAUGAUGAAAAUUUUUAAUUCUUGUUUGUAACAUAAUGGAUAUUAUUUAAAAUGUAUUAAUACAUAUACCUACAUGUUUAACAUUUUUGGAAGUACAUUAGCUGAUUAUUAUUGAAGUUUGAGAGAUUUGUUUUAUAAUUGCUUGGUAUUUUAGUCACUGAUGGUGGAUAUAUUAUGCCAUGUUUCUGUAUUGACUUUCAAGUCACUGUAAUAAGUAAACGUUACACAAAUAAACAGAUCUGUGUCUGGACAUAAUGCAUAAUUUUUUUUUACUGUACUGUACAUGGAUUUAAGCCUUUUUCUUUGUGUAUUAUUUUAGGUGAGUUUAGGUCAAAAUAUAUUUACUAGUUCUAACAGAAUACAACACAGAUGCAUUAUAAAAUACUCUAACUGAGGAAUAUAGUUUCUUUAUGUAAUUUAGGGCAGGAAAAACAUGGAAAAAAUCCUGUGUUACAGCAACCAAUGUUCUGACAAUGCAUAGUGCAGAGCCAUAGACUCUUAGUGCUUGCAGUUUUACCUAGAGUGCCAGUGCCUGGUGCCAUACUCAGUCAAAAGCACCAACAAUGUCCAGUGACAACAUUGCUGUUUAAAGUCUUAAAUUAUGUUUCAAAACUGAUGUUCUUUUAGAAGGAUGCAUUGUGACAUAAUUGUUAAAGUCUUCCUCUGUGCCUUCCCUAAUGAAAUAUAUUUAACACUGGCAAUAUUUGAGACUGCUAGUAAAUGUACAAAUUAC